CAACAUUUUCAUUAAACAACAAUCACCAUUUAAGCAUUACUAGUCAACGAAAAAUAUAAAAACAUGUCUUGACUUGCGCGUCGCUUGCUACGGACUUGUAAAAACCUGUCAGAAAAACUACUGACAAAUCGAGUUACUUUUCAAACUUCUAGUAUUUCCAAUCGCUUGCAACCCUGAAUUGCGAUCUAUCGAAACGGCGAAAGUUUUCUAUGACGAUGAGAAGUCGAAUUUUUGGAUUUUUCGCGUGACAAGUUGGUGGUGAAAAAACUAGGCACAACCUUAACAAUUCAUUUGGCAACUUGGCUAACGAUUGGCUACUGAAAAGCGCAACGCUGGCUGGUGCGGGCGGUGCAAGUAGGGUGUGAAAAGUCGCCAAAAAAAAAAAAUCAAUUGCCUCUCGGUCGUCUUCAGUUUUCAAUUCACAUUCUCUGCGUGUGCAAAAACCGAAGGAAAGGCUAGAAAAAAAAUUAGACUGAAAACGACAAGAAAAGAAGAAAAAAUAGAAAAGAAACGGCGAGCGGAAAGAAGCAGAGCACACAAGAAGACCGAGGAAAAGGCAACGUAGAGUUGAAGAAAAUGUUGUGGAAAAGGGGCGGAGGAGCAGGAGCCGUGUUUUCGAGUCGCAAGCAGCAGAAGCAGUAUAAAUAAAUAACCAUCGUCGCCCAAGAGAGUGCUCGAUUUUUAGCUCGAUUGGAAUCGCGGAAAAGCAAGUUGGCGAAAUACGAAACAUCGCAGUGAAAAUCAAAUUUUCCAAAUAGAAAGAAGAGCUUCUCCUCUCGCUCGUUCGCCUGCUCUCUCUCAUCCUCUCCUUCGCUCUCUCUCGCUCCCACUCUCGCGACUGGGUGGCAACGUGUGUGUGUGUGUGUUGCUGUGUGUGCCUGCUGUGUGUGUGAGUGUGCCGCGUGCGUUAGUGUGUGUGUAGCUCGAAAGAGCGAAAAAAUAGAUUUAAAAAAAAAAAAUAAGAGGAAAAGCAAAUAGGGAGAAGCGAAAUAACCGACAGUGUCUUUGUGUGGAAUUUCUUGAUAAUUGCAACAUACGUUACCAUGGAAUACUACCUAGGAGGAUAUGUGUACAUGAACGGAGAUGCACUCAAGAUCCAGCCGCCCGUCUACACCAACGUUCCUGUCGAGACGGCGAUGCUAGCCACUAAUCUGUUUGGCGCCACCACCCAAAUUGCAGCGUCACCAGCAGCAGCCGCCGCUGCCCACAUACCGUUGAUCACAGCCGCCGCUGCAGCCGCCGCCGCCGCAGGCGCUCCACCAGUAGCUCCUCCCGUUGCCGUUGCUCCAGUGGCCACGGCAUCAGCAGCACAAGCAGCAGUUGUGCCCACACAGCAGCAGCAGCAGCAGGCGCAUCCACACCAGGCCCAGAUUCUGGCCCAUACGCACGUAGCCCACCAACAGCAGCAGCAGCAACAGCAGCAACAGCAGCAGCAGCAGCAGCAGCAGACGCUCCAACAGCAUCUUCACCAUCAGCAGCAACAGCAGUCGCCGCAUCCCGCCCAACAUCUGACCUACGGCCAUCAGCCGGCGCUUCCGCAGGCCACGGCUGGAGGAUCAGGAACAGUAGCCGGAGGAGCAGCAGGAGCAUCCGGAGGAGUCGGGGAGGCCCAGGACACCAACGAAUACGCCAUCAUGAAUGGCGCACUCGCCCAGACCCAGGAUGGCACUGUGGUCUGCUACACCACAGACGCCCUGAACAACACGAAUUUAGUUGCUCUCGAUCCGCAACCCCAUCAAAUUGUAGUGCCGGUCCAGGUUCCUGUCCAAGUCCCAGUGCCCGUUCAGCUUCCAGCCAAUGGGUCCGCUGAUCAGCAGCAAGGCCACAAUGCAGCCGGUGGAGAGGAGCCCAACAUACCACUGGAUAAGCUCAAGCAAAUGCUGGCCACCCAACUUGAGUACUACUUCUCCAGAGAGAACCUUGCCAACGACACUUACCUGCUCUCCCAGAUGGACAGCGACCAGUAUGUGCCCAUCUACACUGUGGCCAGAUUCAAUUUGGUGCGAAAACUAACCAAUGACAUCAAUCUCAUCACCGAGGUGCUGCGUGAAUCGCCCAAUGUCCAGGUGGACGACAAAGGCCUGCGCGUGCGUCCCAAUCGCAAGCGUUGCAUCAUCAUUCUGCGCGAGAUAUCGAACAACACGCCUCUCGAUGACGUCAAGGCUCUAUUCAGCAAUGAGAGCUGCCCCCGCCCGAUAUCCUGCGAAUUUGCCGCCAAUAACUCAUGGUACAUAACCUUCGAGUCGGACGAAGAUGCGCAGAAGGCGUACAAGUACCUGCGCGAAGAGGUCAAGGAGUUCCAGGGCAAGCCGAUCAUGGCUCGCAUCAAGCCCAAGUCGUUUAUCAAUCGCAUCCAAGCUGUACCAAAUAUGAAGAACGGCUAUCGCCUCACGUCGCCGCCGACUGCCAAUGUCUUUGAUCCAUCCGGAGCCGGUGCCGCCACAGUUGGCUAUGCGGCUGCCCAGCAGCCCCGCUAUCUGUACACCAAUGGAGCGGCCAUCGCGGCUCCCGCCUCAGUUCAGUACAGCAAUCCAGUACUGAUUCCGAUUCCGCAGAAUCAAUUUUACCCCGGCUUGGUGGCUGGACCCUGGCCGCCUGGCACUGUAGCAGCCACUGCCGCCCAUGGGCAAAAUUUCUACGACCUGGGAGGAAACAUCUUUACCACCAAUCCUUUAGCUCCGCAGCCUGUGACAGCCGGUUUCGCUCAAGCUCCGCCACCCACCGCACAAGCAAUGGUCACGUCCAAACCGCAGGGCGGAGGGCGCUACAAUAACAAUCACCGCGCCAAUCCAAACAACGUGGGCGGUGCAAAUUCGGGACCACGCGGCGAGUCGAGAGGCAAACCACCGCGCAACACACAAACAGCCUCGCACAUCCAGGGCGGUAAUAUUGUACCCAUCCAGAUAACUGGAGCUAUUCCAGGAGGAAUGGUCAGCGUGGUCCCGGCCAACAUUGUGCAGGAUCCACUACAGCCGGCCCCAUUGCAACAGCAACCCCAGCAAGUGAUCCAACAAAUUCAGCAGCAGCCAACGAGCUCAGCUCAACAGCAACAGGCCACAGUGCAGGUGAACAACUCUACUCGUCACUACCCCAUCAAGAGCAACUGGAAGGGUGGCAUGCAGAAGAACCUUGACAAGAGCUAUGGCGGUGGUGUGACCACCCACCAUCACUACACCACCCAGGUGCAGGCUCUGCCCGCCCACAGCCACCAUCUGCAGGCUCAGCAGCAACAGGGACAGACUCAGCAGCAGCACUAUCAAUUGGCUUCCUCCAGCGCUGCCAGCGCUCCGCAAGUUACCUAUGUAUCCACUGCACCGGCUCCACAGCAGCAGCCGGGGCAGCAUCAGCACCACUUGGUGGUCCAACAGACGCAGCCACAGCAGCAGCAACAACAGCAACAGGUAGUCCUUCAGCAGCAGCAAGUGCAGGUCCAGGAGUUGCAGGAAGCGGGGGACGGUGUCGAGCAUAGCUCUCACGCCAUGCAGCAGGUUAACCGCAGCAGCAACAUGUCUGCCAGCUCCUCCUCAUCGCUGGCCACUUCGAUCAGUAAGGAGCCACUGCAAUGGCAGAAUCGUCCGCGUCGUCGUCGUCGUGAUGAGGAGGGCGGAAUCAACUAUUCCCCAGGCGGGCGAGUUGGGCUCUACGGCAGCUCACCCUCAAACCCGCACCCGCAGCAGCAUCUUAUGUCAUCUUCCACCGGGAACAAUGUACAAUCAACUGGCGGAACUGAUGGCGGCGGAGCCUCCCAUCGCGGCGGAGAGCGCCAGAGCCAUUACAACACUAUCCACGACGUCCCACCACCCCAGCACCGUGGCAACUACAAGGGCAAUAACUACAAUCCGCAUUACCACGCCCAGCAUUCUUCGAUGGCGAGUGGCUCGCACCAUCACCAUCAACACAACGCCCUGUCGUCGCAGCAGCAGCAACAUCACAUGACCACCGGCACUGGGCAGCAGAGCUCGGGUCAUCACUAUCACCACCAUCAUCACCACAAUUCGAUUGGUAGCAAUGUGGGCAACAGCGGCGGCUUAGGCGUCAGCAGUGGUGGAUCCGGGGGUGGAGGAACUGGCGGAGGAUCGGGCAGCAACAGUCUGUCCGGCGGAAGCAACGAGCGCGGUAUUCACCACAGCUCCUUGGGCUAUCAGGGUCACCAGCAUCAGCACCAACAGCAGCAACAACAGCAGCAGCAGCAGCAACAACAACAGCCAGCCGCACCAGUGCAACCGCCACAGUUCGAUUUAGAGGAUGCUGCCUUUCCACCACUGCCAGCCACGUCAGCCAACGCACCACAUACACCUCAGGCCACUGGCGGAGCCUCCCUGCAUAACUCAACGACCUCGUCAUCCUCAUCAACAGGUUUGGGCCAAAAGCAGGCCCUACACCAGCAGCAACAGCAGCCGCAUCAGCACCAGGUGCUGAGCAGCAGCGUGGAAAGCGCCGGCGGUGAGGAACAACGCUCAAGCAAUCAGCAGGGAAUCGAGACCAGCAAUAUUCACUUGGCCAACAGUUCCUCCGCCAACAAUUGGGCUGAGAACCGCCUGUCGGACGUGGUGCGCACUGGUGGUGGCGGCAGUGGAGGCAAGGGCAAGGCCCGUAAGGAUAACAGGCACCCACAGGGCCAGAACCAGCCCCAUUUGGCCCACAACUAUCAGCAGCAUCAGCAGCGCAAUCCACCUGUUAGCCCCACGCCAGUCCUGGGCGCUGAGUAUGGAAUCCAGAUUCAGGAGGGCAACAAUACUAAGAACGUUACUAAGCAGAGCUCCAGUAACAACAAUUCGAUCCAUGUGAUAAAGUGUCAAACACCAAAUAUCAAUGCCAGCAGCAAAGAGGAGGCAGCCGGAGCCCAGCAACAGCAGCAGCAGCAGCUGGACAAAUCAAACAAGACUGAGGAUGAAAUGCAUCCAAAGCAGCCAUCGCAGCAGCGACUGGUCGAAGGCUAUGUCCAGCAGCAGCAGUUGCCACUGCUGGCUGGCCAUAACGAGUAUUCCGCUGCCCUGGCCGCGGGCGCUGGCGCCUGUAGCGUGGUGGAGGGUGGUCUGACCACCAGUUUGGCCGAGUGCAGCCUGGGCCAGCACAAGAAGCCGCCCUCGGUGGCCGCCCUGCAUGCCAAGAAAGACGCCAAUCUGCUGGAGAAAGGAGCCAGCAAGCACAAGAGCGUGGCCACGUCCACGUCUACAGAAAACCUUUCGGCUGCCGCCACGGCCAGCAAACUCAGCUAUGCCCAGGUGGCACAGCACCACAAGGCCGCUGCCUCCUCUGAUGGCAAGGAGACUGGCUCCGGUGGAUCCACCGGCACACUGUCGCCCACCGGCAGCCACAAGAUGGACCUAGUCUUUGGUGAUCCCGCCGUUGUGGUGGCAGCCGUGGAGAAAAGCGGCCUUGCCACAGUUUCUACCGAGAAACGCGCCGCAGGUGGAGCCUCGCCCGCCGCGCUGAUCGGCAAACCAACUGGUGGUCUUCCGGUUACCAGCACUACCCAAGGCAGCAGUGCUGUCGUGGUCUCUGCCAAAGAGAAAGAUAAUCGUCCCAAUGCCUCCGUUCGCCAACUGAGCAAGGAGAAACAGCAGCAACACCAGCAGCAACAUUACGGCUCUGCUACAGAGCACAAUACUAAUGCCAAUGUCGGCUUGGGGACUAGCGGAAACCGCAAGUCCAGGGCCAACAACUCUUAAAAGAAGGGGAGAGGAUAACCGCGUUGCCAAAGCGAGGCAACUGUGAAAUACCUUUGCAGGAUGCCUCUAAAGCUGCAUCCGACUGUAAAUAUAUGAAAUUCCAUGUGUAAAUAUGAGCAAACCUUUUUGUUAUACCUAUAAGAGCUAGAGAUAUCUAUGAGCUAACUAAGGAGGCAUACGAAAGUAGUUGCCGCUGCUCGAAAGGACGCGAAAACCAGAGCAGAGGACGGAGAGAGCAGCAGGCGAUGCUUGGACCAGUUAUCAUAUUAGUAGGCAACGACGAAGAAUGAAUGGUGCAUACCCUUUCUCCAGCUAUAUUUAAUCAGUUAUCAGUUAAUGUUAAUCUACCUAAGCUAAUGUUACCUAGACUCGGUGGGUACACACGCAGCUUAGCGCGGCGCGGAGGAACAGGAAUGUGGC